AUGACACCAAAGCCUUCAGACAACGAUGCCCGACUGGCGGCCCCGGCAGAAGAUCAACCGAUUGAUGACAUCGACAAUGGAAAUGACAAAUAUCUCACAGGUGUCAGCCUGUGGCUCGCCUCUAUUUCACUAGUGAUACCGGUCUUUUUAUCUACUUUAGAUGCCACAAUUGUCGCAACUGCCGUUCCCGAAAUUGUCAGUGAAUUCCACUCCACCCUUGACAUAGGAUGGUACAGCACUGCAUAUUCGAUAGCGAACUGUGCGAUGCUUCCAAUGGCUGGAACUCUUAACACCGUUUUUAACAUAAAGAUCGUCUUUAUCGUCUUUCUUAUUCUCUUCGAGCUCGGCUCAGCUCUCUCUGGAGCUGCAACUUCUUCCAUUAUGUUGAUUAUUGGGCGCGCUAUUGCUGGUAUGGGUGCUGCGGGCCUUUACAAUGGCUCUAUGACUAUGUUGACAGGCGCUGUCAAUCCGAAAGCCCGAGCAGUGCAAAUUAGUGUCGGAACUGCCGUGGCUGCAUCUGGAACCGUAUUUGGGCCUGUUAUCGGCGGUGCACUAACAUCAGGAGCUUCGUGGCGAUGGUGUUUUUAUAUUAACCUUCCACCCGGUGUCAUCACAGUACUGGCUAUGCUUUUCAUACGCUUUCCCAUCCGGAAGGCCAAAGAUGCUACGCCAAAAACCAUUUUAGGGCUCGUACAAGCAAUCGACUUAGUCGGCUUUGUUUUAUUUGCUCCAACAUGUGUUAUGCUCCUACUUGCGCUCUCAUUAGGUGGGACAACAUACGCCUGGAAUUCAGCAACAAUCAUCGGUCUCUUCUGCGGCACCGUUGCUUGCUGUGGAGUAUUUCUUACCUGGGAACAUUUCGCCCAUGAGGACGCAAUGAUUCCAUUGUCAUUGCUCAAGCAAUCUGCCGUCGCAUUCAGCGCUCUCACAAUCAUGUUCCAAUUCAGCGGAGUCGUGUGCCUAACUUACUACCUGCCAAUAUGGUUCCAAACAGUCAAGGGCAUAACACCACUGCUAAGUGGUGUAUAUCAGUUGCCAACUAUUGUCUCACAAACGCUUUUUACAGUUAUAUCAGGAUCUAUGGUUGCUACGAAGGGUAGAUAUGCAACACCUGUUUGCCUCAUUGGAUGCGCUCUAACAACAAUUGGUGCUGGCUUAAUUACAACAUUCCAACCAGAUACAUCUACUGCAAAGUGGGUUGGAUAUCAAAUUCUCCUUGGAGCUGGUAGAGGCCUCUCUCUUCAAAUACCACUCAUUGUUACCCAGGGAAUCCUUCCUCCGCAUAUGAUCCCGAAGGGCACAAGCUUGAUUCUGUUAAGCCAGUUUUUCGGCUGUUCGGUCUUUAUUGCUUCUUCACAAACGAUAUUUAGCAACCAGCUUGUUCACUUGAUCACCGAGCGCGGUAUUCCUAAUCCGCUCGCAGUCGUUCAUUCAGGGGGUCUUCCUGCUACACUUAAGGCGAUGGGUCUAGCUCAUUAUCUGGCCGAAAUCGCACUUGCUUAUAACAAUGCAUUGGUUAGAACAUGGUACCUCUCAGUUGUCCUUGCCGGCUGUUCCUUUCUGGUUGCCUUUGGUAUGGGACAGAAGCCUCUUAACGCUGGAGCCAACGUGUCAAACGAAGAGGGGACUAAAGCUCUAGCCGAGAAGGAAGCAUCGACAAUAGACAAGCCUUCAAGUGUACCUGGGUCCCAGGGCACUGUAAUGGAAAAAUAG